CACCGCAGAUGGGUUUAGCAGUAGCCAUCGUCCGGCAUCGACGGUCAGUCAUCUAUGCAUGUUUGGCCCUCAUCAUCGUGUCCUUAAUGGCCGCCUUCUCUCAACAACGAUGGGCCGUCAUGGACGUGUUUGUAACGACCCCAGAAAGCCGGCCCCUAUCGCCAGGAGCCACAGUCCAACUGACACACAGACACAGGAUCAUUGUAACCUCCAAAGGUAGGACUGUGGUACUACCACCGAUAAAAGGAACACAGCUGAACCCGACGCAGACGACACACUGCCCGGAUGUACUGGGUCACAUGACCCAGGGAAGAUGGCGGACGUCGUAUCUCACGAGGAAGGAAAGCAAUGCGAUUCUUGUGUUUCUUACCCACCCGGAAGCGCGGUAUCGUUUCCCUCCCGAGUACGAGCGCGUGGACGGCAAAUGUGGUAACGUGUCUUACGAAAAUCCCAAAUAUGUACCGUGGAUCCGAGCUCUGUGCAACCCUCUCGGUCAGACGCCAUGCUGUUACGACAAUCACUGUGAGGAGAAACCCAUCCACGAGUGUUUGUGUCCGAACUGCAUUGACGUUCGACGGGAGAAACAUGCUGAGUUCUCCACGUGGGUUCCCUCGGACCCGCAGUGUAAGUACAAGACCUUUACCGCCAAGGAAGCUUGUCGACUAUUGGCCGGAAGUGUCCUUCACUUUGUCGGCGACUCCUUUAUCCGACAUCUCCACACAGCGAUGCUGCUGCUGUUGAGCGGGAACCCUCAGACAGGUGCUCUCAACAAGGGUGUCCAAACGGAUAUCCUUGGCAAGUGCUCCGGCUGGUACAUGUUCACAGAGAAGACUUGCCGACAUCAUCUCAACUACAACUACGUCGGCUGCGGGGGCAAUGUGCGCGUCGUCAUGAAGUACUAUUUCAACAGCGGGACAGGCAUGCGGCUGAAGGACGAGACGUUGAGGGAGCUAAAGACGUCGAGGACGAUGCUAGUAAUGGGAAUAGCAACCCACGACGCCCAUAAUUCCAACACAGUUAAAGAUGGGUUCCUUAGCCCCGUUCUGAAGGCGAAGAGGAAUAGAUCCCUGACAUGGCCUAAACUGCUGUGGGUGGAUCAACACGCCCCGGGUUUAAUGAAGACUCCGUGGCAUCUGACUGAAAGCAGGGAGAAGGCAAAAAGGUUUAAUACAGAGAUGGAACCGUUUCUUAAAGAUUGGUCUGUCCCGAUACUCAGAACGUAUCAUUUAACUGACGGGAUGUGUAGUUUUGAUUCUGAGCACUAUGGGAUGGGGAUUAACAUCGCAAAGGCGAAUCUUCUGUUGAACUACAUUGAAGAGCUACAACGGAAGGGAGAGUGGCUAUAGCAGCCCGUCUGCUAUUUCAGUGUUCAGUUAUUAAGGUAUGACGAUAUGUAAGUGUAACAUAGUUAUUUCCAUUCUGAAAGUGUUCUAAUGUUAUAUAUACAUGUACAUGGAUGAGACCAUUUUAUGUGGGGGUAGGAGAGGGGAUGGUAUUUUUGUCGGAAACGAGAUGAAUUAUCGUUUAGUGCUUCAAAAUAUACAUUAUAUUUCUCUGAGAGAUGAAACAUACAAUGUUUAUGUUUAGCGAGUCAACAAAACAUAAUUUGUUUUUAUAGAACAUGGGGCAAAUUAUAACUUACCAGUAUAUUCCGAACGAGUUAUUUAAUUCAACCAACACAGAAAGUAAAUGGUUCAGUCCGGACUGUCUAGUCCAUUAAUUGUGUUUGCACUGUUUCUUACUGUUGAUCACGGGACGCUCUUGGCGUUUACAUAGUGUAGGGUUACACACCUAUACGGUAUCUAUAGGCGGUUUACCUAUUCUCGGCACCUGGUGUCGUAAUUAUGUGCUACACACCAUCGAUUUUUGAAACAUUAGGGUGUAUAAAUGUAGAUAAAAUGCCACACAUUCUGUAUUAACACAGAGCGCCUGUAUGUUAUGUUGUGUACUGACACAGAGCGCUUCUUGUCUUAUUUAGACACAGAACACCUUUUAUCUUAGUAUUAUUUAAUAUUGACACUUGAGCGCCACAGGUUACAAGUGUAUGCUGGUAAACAAUAGGUACAUAU